AUGCAACAACCACGGUAUCCACCGAGCUCGCUGCUAUGGCAGGUCGAGGCCGAGGUCGAAGCCAUCCGCCGGGAGCGAUCGCAUGGCCCGCCGAGCUUCCUCUCGUCCAAGGACCUCCUCGACGCGCUCUGCCUGCGCUUCAACGUCAUGUCGUUUGCCGAGCUCAACCUCGGUGCGCCGUUCGCUGUGCCCGCGAUCCGCCAAGUGCUCGACCUCGAAGCCUCGCUGUGGGACUUUGUCGGGAUCUACGUCACGUCGCGCGCCAUCUCGACGGUCCACGACGCCGAAGCCGGCUUCCUCGAGCUGCACCAAGUGGCGACCUUUGACGCGCUGGGGCUUGGCACGUGCUUUGGCCUGUCGCCGGCCGUGGCCUACCACUUCCACGUGCAGGGCCCGCCGCCGAUCGCGUCGCUCUCGACCAAAGACGUGCUCCUGCAUCUGCGUGACUUUCGCUUCGUGCUCAACCGACAGACGCAGGACCCGACCGCCUUCCUCGCCUACAUGGCCGCGACCAUGAAGCAUCCGGUUGGGACCCUCGGCGUUACCGUCGCCAACAUGGGCCGGUCCAUCGAGCUCAUGCGCCGCAUGUACAACGAAGAGCGCAAGGAGCUCCGGAACCUCGAAAACGAUUUCCGAAAAGACAUCACGGACCGCGUUUUUGAGAUCACCAAGACCAAGUUCAGCGCCGAGAACCGGGAAAAGGCCAUUGGCGAUGCGCUCAUCGCCCAGAACGUCGCGCUGCCCGAGGGCAACCAGAAGGCCAACGUGAGUGCGCGUGUCGCGUCGUCGCUUCUGACGACGAUCACGCGCCUCGACGCCGAGCUCGACCAGGAGAUUGCGCGGUACCGGUCGCGCUUGCCCAAAACUCGUGCGCAAAAAAUGGAGAAGUCCCGGUCCGCCACGGUCUCGUGGGUGCUCUGCAGCAUCAUGGCCAAAGCACGCGUGCUGCUCGACACCGACAAGCUCGAUUCCGUGCACAAGGGCCGAGAACGCGAAGCCGCAGCCAACGACGACAACGACGAUGAGGAGUGCAAGUGCUGCUGCGUCGGCAAGGACGCAUGCUCGUGCGCGUGUACCUGCAAAUGCCACGUCAUGGACGACGACGACGACGGCGACGGCAGUGAUGACGACGGCGACGGGGGAAGUGACAACGAGACCAAUAAGACCUCCAUGGUCAUGCCGGUGCCGCCGCCGGUGCCAUUGCUGGCGUCGAGCCCGCCUGCGGUACGCAUCACCUACCCAUCGUCCUUGCAUCACGGCACUGUGGUCGUCCAAGCUGCAGCAGGCUUUCGCGACGACGACGACGACGAUGUCGACGUUCUGGCUCGUCUGCGUGCGAUUGAAGUCGAGUUGCAACUGCCGUCGCUGCUUGCGGCCGCAACGCACGAGGAGGCAUCGCCUCCCCUGCGACUGCCCGUAGCAAAUCGAGGGUGUCCCCGCACGCUUCUGCCCCAAGUCGAGUCGCUUGUGUACCAGUGCCGCGUCGCCCAGCACGACUUUGCCUCGCCGCCAUCAGCGCCCACAGUGUCGCUUGUCGAGGCCGCUGUCGCCGCCGAGUUGCACUUGUCGUCGGUGCCGGCAGCCGCGCUUGCGUCCACGCAGGCGCCGCCGACAACGUUGCUCUUUACGCACCCGCUGCUCGCAGCGGCGCCGACACCGCCGACGCUCCAACGACCGAUCGCCGAAAUUGUUGCGGCGCUUAAAGCCCUCCCGUGCUUGGUCGAUAUCGAGUCGGCGCUUGGCUGGUCGCUGCAUUUUGCGUACGAGCAUGGGCCCUUUCUGCCCUUUUUCCAGCACCACGUGCCGCACGUCCCGCUCCUCAAACUGCGCAGCGGUGCGUUUAUCAAGCUCAGUGCCACGUCGACGCCGGCGUCCAUUGCAGUGACCGCGAAUACGGGCGAUGACAUUGCCGUCCACGUCACUUCGAUGUUUGUCUCGAUGCGCGAGGCGUGUCCGUGGCCGCUGCUUGAAGCCGCGAUCGUAUCCGUGCUCGAGCAAGUGCCAUCGCCGGUCGACGUGGGCUUAGCUGCGCUUCGCCGACUCCCAAUCGACCUCGUCCCGCAUCUCGGCCCGCACGUGCUCAAGAGUCUCUCGACCGUCGUGCUCAACAUGCCCGACCAGCUCUGGCGGGCAGCGACCCACUGGACCGACCAGCUGCGGUUGGCGCACCUUGGGGUGACGGCGUCCGUGCCGCAGUGGCAAGCGCACCUCGACGUGUUCCUGUCGAGCGGCAGCUUUGCCGCCUUGCCGUCAUUGGCAUCGUCCGUGCCGUCGACGCCGGUACCGAGUGUCGAGUCGACUGCCGUCGCGACACCUACGGUCGCGACCGUCGCUUUGGUGCCGACGACGACCACCGUUGCACCGGCGGCCGUCGACGUCGACGCGUGCCGGUCGCUCGUCGAGAGCAUCCGACGCGACAAUUUCGGUAUCGGGCUGCCCGUGACGCCCGAGACGCAAGCGUUUCUGCAGCGCCAGCACCAGCGCCUCGAGCGCGCGCUCAAGCGCCUCAGCGAAGAACUCUACGCCGCGUCGACGCACUUUGUGCUCGAGCUCAUCCAGAACGCCGACGACAACACGUACGCUCAUGGCGUCUCGCCCGUCGCGAGCUUUGUCGUCACCGAGGAUGCGAUCACGUUCUUCUGCAACGAAGUGGGGUUCCAGCCGCCGCACGUCCGCGCGCUCUGUGACGUCGGCGCGUCGACGAAAGCGAGCGCAACCGGGUUCAUUGGCCAAAAAGGCAUUGGCUUCAAGUCGGUCUUUACGGUCACGCACGCGCCCGAGAUCCACAGCAAUGGGUUCCACCUGCGCUUCGACGCCAACCCCAGCACGACCUCGGGCCAGACGGCGGCCGCGGGCGGCGGCAGCGACUUGUGCUUGCUGGCCCCGUGA